AUGACGGCUUGUUCAUCGAUCAAUCAGAGAUGUCUUACUCGAUGGAUUCACGAUCCUUUUAUCGCAAAUCGUUCAUCAAUUUUAGUAACAAUACUUCACGAAUCGUGUUGACGAGAUUUUUAUCGAUGAUCCAACGAUUUUGGUUGCUUAAUCCUUCACCGGCGAUCUGUAGAAAAGUCAUGAUAAUUAGAUAAAAAAUAUGAGUUUUGGCUUUGGGAGGAUUCGAACCCGCGCUGGUUACCCACCCUUUCUAGGGAAGGUGUGACGCGGGUUUAGUCCCACAUCGGUUGUGCGCCGAAGUUUUUGGUGAAUAUAUAGUAAUAUUACAUUCUCGAUCAAGUCCCUUUCUCCCGUGUGUACGAUCAUUCCUUGCCCCACAGCCAGCUGGCCACCGGUGACAUGGAAGGGGAGUGGCGCACACGUGCCCCUAUCAGUCUUAGCCGCUCGAGCCCUUGCUUGCAGCUCCUCCCCGACUGCGCUUCCGACCCACUUGUGGGCCUAGCUGGCUGGCGGGUCCUCCCCAUUUUGUUAUAUUUUUAUUUUAAUUUAUUUUUAUUCAUUUAUCUCAAAAGUAAGACUGUAAAAAUCAUAUAAAUUUGUAUAAAAUCACAUAAUUACCCAAAAAUUCACGUUAAUUAACUGAAAACCACUUUUCACACUUUAACAUAAAUAUAAGUCUAUUUAUCAUGAGUUAAGGCUAAAACUAUAUUAUUUACUAAUUAUUAACUUAUGAUAAUGAAGACUUAUUAAGUUUCAUAGGCCAAAAUAAUACCUAAGAUGCACUUUCACUAAGAGAAGGUCGUGCAUGUGUGUGUUCAUUAUUUCAAGGGUAUAAUGUGAACUUUCUUAGCUUUACUGAUGUAGCUAGGUAAUUGGUAGAGGCUUGAACCUCACUGGUGCCAAAAUUUAUGUUUACUUCUAUUUUGACUCUAGAAUUUUUUUAAGGAAAUAGUAAUAGAGAAAAUUGAAAAAAAUGACCCAUCAUUGUUAGAAUCUUCAUCAACAAUAAUCAAGAAUCAUCAUUAGCAAUUAACCAAGGAUUCUAAUAGAAAAAUGAGAACUUUGGGAGGAAAUUGUAUUUUCUAUUGGUCGAUGAAUGAGUAAUUGUCGAUGUUAAAGAGAUCUACCAAGAGUUUUUUUAUGGUCUCUUUAGAGUGUUCAACUUGUGAUAAGAGCUUCCUCUUGAAUCAUGGACUUAAGGAUGAAACUCCUUGAGUCAUGUUCCACCUCCAUCAAUCUCAACUAUGUUGGGUGAUAGCUAUUGAAGAAUCAUUUAUAUCAAACAUCUCCUUUGUUGAGUGACAAUGGUUAUAGACACUUCACCACCACUUACUAAUAAGUGUUUAUUAUUAUGAGUUAAUAAUGAUUUGAAUAUUUAUUUUUUGAUUUAACUCAUGAUAAAUAUAUAAUUAUUUACAUUAAAUAGUGAAAAUUGUUUUUUAGUUGAUUAAUAUGAAUUUUUGAAUUAUGUGAUUUUAUGUGAAUUGAUAUAAAUUUUAUAAUCUAUUUUUUGAGAUAAAAAAGAAAUAUAAAUUAAAUAAAAAAAUAAUAAAAAGGGGAGAGGCCACUAGCUAGUUGUGACUCAAUAGUUGACCUAGAGGGGACUACACAUGGUUUGGAGACAUAGUUAGGGGAGCCACAAGCUGGGGGCUCUUGUGGCUAAGGACCAACAUAGAGCAUGUGUGUGCAUUCCCCUUCCACAACACUAGGGGCAGUUGGGCGUAGGGCAAGGAGUAGUUGUGCACACAAGUAUAUAUGGGGGCAGACCACUUGGCUUAGGCCUCUCCCCAGAUGACUUGGCCAUUGUGUUCAUGGGAGAGGGAAUUCCAAGAGAAAAAAAAGACAUACAAAUAUAUAUUUGUCUCAAACAUUGGGAAACAACCAAUGUGGGGCUAAACCCACAUCGUCACUCAUUGGUGGUAUUUAAGUAUUUUUAAUAUAAAAAAUGCUCUUACAUUAUAAGAAGGAAAUGCACCCAUAAAGUUACUAGGUCAAGGGUAUGGAGGUAAUUUUCUAACCCUCUCUCACAUAGCUAGGUGAUUAGUGAAAUUAGAAUCCCACUAGAGCUAAAAUUUAUAUUUUUAUCUAUUUAACUUGUGAUUUUCUUACGAAGCGUCAGUCAAUAAUCAAGCCAUCGAAAUUGCUCAAUCAUCAAUAAAAAAUUCGUCAACAUGAUUUGUGGAGUUUUUUUACCAACUGAUGAAUGAUUAUGGAUGAAACGAUUGUGAAUUCAUCAAGAAAAUCAUCUUUGAUUGAUCAACGAACACACCAUUGAAAACAUGGUGAUUAAUUGAGAGAUGAGUCAUCGUCUAUCAAGAGUGAACCAAAUGCAAUAUGAGCCUCCUCUCAUAGCAUGGACUUGAGGAAGAAGCUCAUUGAGACAUGCCCCAACUCCACCGAACUCAUCUUCACUAGGUGGUAGUUGUCAUAGAUUCGAAUGUCACUGAUCUUUGGCUCUAUUGGGGUGACAACCACCAGAGACAUUUCACUGACCCAUCUCAUCAGUUUCUAGACUUCACAAGAUGAUAUGAAGAUUCUCCGCAUUGUGCAUGUCCAAGGAAAGGCUUUGAGGCUGUGGACAUCACACGAAAAUUCUCUUGAAUAUUCAAAAUUUUGACAAUCAUCACCGCGAUGCCAAAAUUCUAUUUUUUCUAUUGUAAACUUAAUUAUUUUUUAAAUUUAUGAAAUUUUAUGUGAUUUCAAGUUUAAAACUCUUGUUAGUCAAUUACAAUUCUUUUGACUUUUAUAGAUAAUAAUUUGACCAAUUAAAUCAUUUAUAAUUAUUUAUACAAGAAUCGUCAAGUGGAUUUUUUUGUUUUUGCUCAAAUCUCAUUCAUUAGGAUGCUAACAUCAUCUUGCAUCAACACUCGAAUUAUCUUUUUUUAAUAAAUUUUUAAAUAUAUUUAUUAUUUAUUAUUUAUACUAAACUUUAUAAAUACUAUAUUAUUUAUUUAUUUUUUAAAUUUUACAUGAUAUUAUUGUACAAACCCUAUAAUCAACUUGAAAAAUUAUUACUAUUUUUAAAAGGAUUUUUUUGAAUUAUAAUUGAUAUAUUCAAACUAAAAUGAUAUCUUCUAGUGUUAUAAAUUUAUAACUUCAGUCCUUUGUCUUCUAGACUUCGCAUGGGAAUUUGAAGAAUGACUAUGCUGUGCACGUUGACAUGACUAGUCGUGGCAUAUUAGGUUACGUAGUUGUGUUAGAACUUACGUUAAUUAUGUUAUUUUAUGUGAAUUCAUAUAAUUUUUGUAAUUAUGUUUUUGAGAUAAAAUGAAGAAAAAUAAAAUUAAUGAAAAAAAAGAAAAAGAGGGGACCCAUUAGCUAGUCGAGACCCACAUGAGGGUUGGAGGCACAAUUAGAGGGACCCACGAGUCAAGGCCUCGAGUGGUUAAGGAGUGAUCAUGACACAUGUGCAUCACUCCCCUUCCAUGUCACUAGGAGGCUAGCCAAGCAUGGGGCAAGGAGUGAUUGUAUACACAUGUAUAUAUGAGACAACACAUUGAAGAUGAGUAGGUAGAGACAUAUGUGUCUCAAACAUUGAGAAACAAUUGAUGUGAGACUAAACUUACAUUAGUGGUCACCAAUAAGUUUUACAUUUUUUCACACCUAAAAUGUCCUUGCCUUAUAAGAAGGAAAUGUCUACAUAAUGUCACUAAGUAAGGGUACAUAUGUAAUUUUUUGACUUUCUCUCAAGCAGGCAAAUGACCAGCAAAUGUUUAAAACUCAUUAGAGCCAAAUUUCACAUUUUUUUACCUAUUUAACUCUUGAUUUUUUUGCAGAGUGUUAGUGAUGAACUCGAAUUGGAGGUUAAAUACGUCAUCGUGAUGCAACUAAGUUCAUGCAAAUAAUAUUUAUAAGACCUCACUCUUUUAUUUAGAAUAAGUAAGGGUCGAUCCUUAGGUAGUGUGGGUAAUGAGAGUACAAAUUCUACUUAUUUUAUUUCUUAUAUAUAUAUAUAUAUAUACAUGAGAUUGUGAAGGGCAGAAUUAAAUGUAAAAGGGUAAAGACAAGAGUUAUGAAAAGUGUGACAAAGAGGAGAGAAUAGAUCUAACGUAAUGGAAUGAUAGAAUAAAUGAUAAAACUAGGUCAAAUUAAAAGUUAAUCUAUCCAUGGAGAGGAUUACAAGGAUGCCUCAAAUUUAGAUCUUGCACAAAUCUUGUUGUGCGCUAGUCCUAAGCCGAGUGAUGCUCGAUCUGUGGCAAUCUUGAUGUGCUCUAGAUGAUCUCUUCUCCACGAUGAUCUUGAGCACAAGAAUGUUAUUGAUCAGACCUUGAUUUCCUUCUUGUUUUCUUCAGCUAGUCACUACUAAAGAGAGAGCCAAAAAGUACACUACAAGAGGGGGGCGAGAUGUCUUAAUCUUCUUGACAAUUAGGCCCCUCUAAUAGACGGUUAAGAUUAAUAACACAUUAUCUUAGUGGAUGGCCCAGAUCAUUCUAUGAGGGCGGCACUUUAAUCCUUCUCUUAAUCUCAUCUUAAGAUGCCCUAAGAUAGACAACCUAGAUCUUAUCUCUUGAUAGCCCUUUUAAGUCCAAAUGAGCUAUAGGCCAAAGUGAUGUCUUCUCUUGGGCCCAUAAACAUAUUAGGCCAGCCUUCUCUAUAAGAUAGGUUUUUCAUUGGGCUGAAGGCUUGGGCUUCUUCUAUUACUUAUAAAUCAUAUUAAGAACUCACCUAAGUCUUUGCAAUCAAAUAAUUAUCAAGCAAAUGUGAGAGAAUCCAUCGAUAAAAUGUGAGAAAAUCACUAUUUGACUUCAUAAACGUCAAGUGAGAUUAGUCUCAUAAUAUAAAUAAAAUAAUUAAAAUAAUAUGUAUUAAUAUUUAAAUGAUAAAAUAUUAUAAAUGUCAUAAUGAGUUGGUAACACAUGUAUAAUAGUAUUAUCUACUAAUUAAUUAAUAUCUAUAUAUAAGAUAUUAAUGUAUAGAUGUAAUUGCUAAUUUAUAAUUAUUAGUCAAUCAACGAUUAAUCCUCUAGAAUUGUUCACCCAUAGUCAAAAAAUACAUCAAGACUAUUUGUGGAUCAUUAUUAAUAACUAACUAAGGAUUUUAAAUACAAAAAUUAUAGAUUAUUUGAGAAAAUCAUCUCUAAUUGAUCAACAAAUAAAUUGUCAUCAAGAAGAGGACAAUUCAUCGAGAGAUGAGUUGCUACUUUUCCAAAGUGAAUCGAAUGUAAUACGAGCCUCCUCACAUUCAUCCAACUCAUCUUCAUUAGGUGAUAGCUACUAGAGAUUCGAAAGCCAUUGAAUGUCUACUCUGCCAAGUGACAACUACUGGAGAUGAUUCAAUGAUUAAUUUUAUCAAAUUUUAAACUUUUUAAGAAGAUCUAGAAAUUGCCUAUGUUAUGAAUGUCCAAAGAGAGUUUUUGAGGUUAUAGAGAUCACACGAUAAUUCUCUUGAAUGCUCAAAAUUUUUAUGAUUAAUGUCACGACCUCAAAGCUCUAUCUUUCUUAUUUUAAACUUAAUUUUUAUUUAAGUUAGUGAGAUUUUGUGUGAUUUUAAAAUUUAAAACUCUUAUCUAGUCAAUUACGAUUCUUUUUACUUUUAUAGAUCUUAAUUUGAUCUAUUAAAUCAUUUGCAAUUAUUUACGCAAGAAUCAUCAAGCGGAACUCUAUUUCUACUCGAAUCAUGUUUGUAGGGGCACUAACAUCAACAUGACAUCUACAUCUAUAUUUAUGUUUUCAUGGAUUUUUAAAUAUAUUUUUUCUUUCAUAUUUAUUUUAAAUUUUUAAAAAAUUAUAUUUUUAUAUUUUUUAAAAAAUUACUUGAUAUUAUUUUUCGAGCCUUUUAUCAAAAUUAUUUUGUAUUUAAAUAUUUUUAAAAAUAUAAAUUUACUAGUUUUUAAUUGUAGAAAUAUAUGUGUGAUUUAUUAUACAAUGAUUAAGUCACAUCAUCCCCCUCUCAAUGUUUUGCUUAGCCACAUUGAAUCCAACAAUUUUGGCAUUCAAUAUUUGUAUUAACUUGAGUUAGUAGAACCUAAGACAAAGAUCUUUGAAAGUAUUCUAGACAAGGUGUGCAGAACUAGUAUAAAUUCUAAUUUCAUACAUUAGAUAAAAAACUAAAAGUCAAAGAGAAAUUAUAAAAGUACUAAUUAUCCAUCUCUCUCUAUCUCCUCUAAUUUCUCUUGCAUUGUUCUUAAAACCAACAAAAGAGUCAUGCUUUUGUGAGAUUGUAUAGGAUUAAUCAAAAGUUGUGCUUUUGUGCUCUAUUUACUUAUUUGAAACUUUUUUACAAAUGUGGUUUCAUGUAUGCCAAAUUAAAUAGCAAGGUUUCACAUAAAUCACCAUGUUAAGAAAAAAAUCAUUAUAAAAUUAACUUUUUUUUGAAGUAGUUGCUGUAUUAUUUAAUAUAUUUUGAUUUAACCUAAUCAUAUGAUGAUAGUCAUGAAUACAUCAUGUUCUUCCAAGGCACUCAACAUAAUAUUGCGAAAAGUAAUUCAUUAUUGAAUUAUAGGAAAAUGUAUUAACUGAGAAAAAAUAAAUCAUAAAGUAGAUUCCCUUUUGGUUAUUCUGAAUUAAAUAAGAGGUACAACAUAAAAGCCUUUGUUAAUUACAUAGUAAAUUCACAUCAUAAUAAAUGAAUAUUUUUUCUAAAUUCUAAGCAAACAAUUUAAUUUGUUAGUAGGGAUAUUUUUUACACCAUUUUAUAAUGGGGGCUGUAAACAUUUUCUCCAAUGUAUUUUAAGAAGGUAUUAUAUUAUUUUUUAUUAAAUUCGUAAUAUUUUAGUACAAUAAAUAAUUACUAAUUGUUUCAUCAAAAAGGGUUUCAUCUAACCAGAAAAGUGACAUGAGGUAAAUGGAUUAAACGAAAACUUGAUUAAUAAUUUUCCAUAUGCAUAUUCUUCAUUAGGAAAAUUUAUGAGUUCUAAAUGUGAUCAAUUAAUUUAUCACUUUUAACAUGAUGGAUGUGAUAGUCAAAUUACCAUUAAACAUAUUUUGUACGCAGAAUGUGGUCCUUAAAAGUAUAAAUUGAUUGUAAUUGUAGCUAAAAAACGUACCUGAAAAAGUUUGUUGGCUUCUAAACACUUGAACUAGAUGCUAAUUAAGGAUUGAGUCAUAUAUAUUUUGAUUUGUCAAGUCGAUUUUUUAGUUAAAAAAAAUAAAUACAACGUCAGGUUACAGACAACCUACCUCGUGUGCCCUAAAAACUCCUGAUCUGGGGAAAAGAGAGCCAACUUUGUAGACCUGAUAAACAGCGUUGACCCAUUAUCUCUCCAAGUCAUUAAGCCCAUAAUAUGGUCACAGCCUGACCAGAUCCCUUAAGAAAGAGGCCCCACCAAGGCGUCUAUGCUUAGUAUUUAUUCAACAAAAACCUUAGCGACGACGCUCAAAGAUAUAUUCGUCGCCUAGGCACUUGGUCGGGAGCUAAGAAGAAGAGGAAACCGGAUUACAAGAACAACAUUCAAUUGACAAGGGGAAACAAAGUAACUCAUUCCUUUUCUGCAAGAAAAGCCGUAAUAUGAAAGCUAGACAUUUUAUGACAAGGUAAUACAGGAUGAAACUGCCCCUCUACACGGGAGAUUACCCUAAAACCGUGCACCUGAAUCUGCCAAAAUGUCGAGCUCGAUCCACCUCUCGCUCACGAGCCCCCGACAGCCGCCCACCACCCCUCGUGCUCGACCCACGGCUCGUCGCAGACAGGCGGCUAGCCUCCACGUUGACCAUGUCUGCGCGAUGCCGGCUAGCCAUCGGACCUCCUGGCGAAGGCUUGAGAGAUGAAUGAAGAAUCCUUCGUUCGGAUCGGCUCUGAAGCCGGUGGAAUCAAGAUUAUAAGACAAUGCUCACCGGCGAGAUGUCGGACUGAAGAGCAUGCAGUCGAGGCGAAGACCAAGGGUGACGGUGACUGAGGACGAAGAUGGAGAAAAGAUUUAUUGGAUAUCUCAUGAAUAAGAGUAAGGUUCCACAGACAGAUCCCCCCCGGCCCUCCAGCUGACAAAGUUAAUUAUUCUGAAAAAUUAUUCCCCUAUUAACGAAAAACCCCCCCCAGCCCUCCGCUCGUCCUAUGCUAACACCUUUUCGGAGACUUUGUACUUGGAAAAGCGAGCCUCGAUCUCGUUCCAGGAGUCGAGGUCGAUCAUCUGGUUGAACUCCUCGAAGGUGGCCAACUUGUGAAGCGCUUCCCGGGUGGUGCCGGCCUCCUUGAGGAUCCUCAGCACCUCGGUCAUUCCCCGGGUGGCGGCGUAGAGGGUGGUCAGGCAGUGCUCGACGAUGUGGAAGCCCAUGGCCUGGAGUUCCUGCGGGGUGCGGAGGGGCGUGAUUCCCCCCUCGAUCAUGUUGCUGACCCUGAGGCCCUUGGUGCGCCGCCCAAUCUCCCUCAGCUCCUCCUCGUUCCUCGGCGCCUCCACGAAGCAGGCGUCCGCCCCCGCGUCGUGGUACAGGUUAGCCCGAUCGAUGGCGUCGUCCAGCCCGUUCGGUCCGCGGGCGUCCGUCCGGGCAAUGAGGAAGAAGUCCGCGUCUCCGAUAGCGUCCCUCGCCGCCGCGAUCUUGGCCGCGUGCUCCUCGGCAGGGAUCACCUUCACGCCACGACCAUCACCGCGUCAUGAAUAUGUAAGGAAAUUUCGCAGGAAGUUCUUAGCGGACCAGCGAGGAGGCAGGGGUGGAGAGAAUGAAGAGAUGAUUACCGACUUGCCGCGCAUGUGCCCUAGUGGGAAGAAAAGACGAGCCAGAAAAACAGGAGGAGAAUAUGAGCGUCUCUUGGCUUGAAACUAAGAAAGUAGAUAACAAAAUAAGACAUUUAAAACCAUACCACACUUCUUUGGCCAGGCCUGGUCCUGUUAGCGAGAGAGAGAUGAUGGUUCAGUAACGUCGUAAAGAAAGAAUAAGAGGAAGGAAGGACGAGGUAUUGAGUUCUCAGGUACCUCGAGGAAGCAUCCCGCGACGCCGGCGGCGAUGAGAUCCUUGACGGUCCUCUGAACAUUAAGAGCGUUGCCGCCGCCGGUGUCUGAAACUCGGCGCCAAAGCUCCUUAGAUCAGUAUUUUUUUUUCUUAAAAAUCAUUGCGAAGUGUUGAAUUAUCAUUUAGUUUUUUGCAACCCAGCCCGUUGUAACACUGAUAAUUUAGAAGUACAGUUCAUGAUUUCAUGCAAAAUAGAUAUGGUCGGAAAGGCGUUGUAAUAAGCUAGAUUUAAUUUCGUGGAUUAUAAUGGCUGAGGUAGGAUGGUGGAUUAAUUAUCUAUAAUGGAGGCAUAGGGUAAAGUGAUGGAUUUGCGAGGCUAAUUCGAACGCCGAUGUUCCUUCAUCGAAGGUUACGACCAUCCUAAUGUAGCCGUUUGGCCGGAAGCUUUUGAUCUGACCCAUGCUUAGUAACGUUAUCCAAAAACUGCGUCCUUCAUGCCGGGGUUUGGGUGAACGGGGAGGAGAUCAUACCGGCGUCGGCGAUGAUUGGGAUACCGGGGGCGGCGGCGCAGAUGAACCUAGCGCUCUCCGCCAUCUCCGGCGGCCUGGGCAUUGCGUGAAACGAAGAUAGUUAGAAAUCUUCCUCAGAAAAGAGAUCGCUUGUGUUCAUGGGGUUUCGGGAUCGGAACGCACGUGAGAAGGCCGAUAUCGGGCAAGCCGAGGCUGGCGGCGGAGAGGGCGUAGCCGGAGAUAAAGGCGGCGCUGAAGCCUGUCUUCUGAAUAAUGGCCGCCGACAGCGCGUCGAAGCACCCGGGCAUCAGCACGAUCCCGUCCUUCUCGAUUGCCUUGUGGAACCGCGUCCUCCCGCUACCCGCCUCCGCCUUCACCGCCCCUCUGCGGAAUGUCGCCGGCGGCAGGCUCCCCCUCCGGCACCCCUGCAGGCGCCUCCCGGCGGCGGCUCCGGCCGCGCAGGGGUUCACUGUCAGCAUCGCCAUGGAGGUCGCCAUCUUCCUGUUCGGGUGCCGAAGGGGAACGAGGGGAGCGAGAGUGCAGUUGCGGAGAAGUGGCGACAGAUGAAGGAAGCAUAUUUCCACCUUGUUUUAUAUAAGCGGGUCGACAGAUCACGUUGGUAUCCGCCUAACUCGCACGAGCUGGAAAAUGACUCAUACCGGUAACUUCGCCGAACUGUGGGCGGCCGCAGCUAUAGUGUCUCCUAUGAGGCAGGCCCGGUGUGGGCCACAGGUAGCAGUCUGACAGCCAGUUAUAACUGGAAUCUGCCGGGCGAUCCGAGUUUGUCCGAGGUGACCCAGCCCAUCCGAGUUUGAUAAGCUCCGAUGGCUACAGGAGUUGCAUGCGGUACUGUUAGAGGGAUAAACUCGGGUAAAUGGUGGAAAACCGAAGAGGCCCCUUUGUCGUAUGGUACAGUUUUCAAAAAAAUAAAUUAUGCAUGAGGUUUUAUCUUUUCCACUUUACACUUAGUAAGUUGCAUAGUGAUAUGUUGUAGAUACCAAAGUUGAGAAUGGUUGGUAAUGGUCUAUACUUAACUACAUACAAGAGAGAUUAACUUUCUAUCUCUCUUUGUCUAUCUGUUUUCCACUCUGCUUUUAUGUGUGUGCAGUGAUGCCUAUUAUGUUGAAUGGUUGAGAAAUGUAAAGUUUUCUUUGAGGAUUAAGCCACCACAAGGCCUAUGGUACGAAGAGAUUUACACUGGUUGUUCCUAUUAUGCCUUUGAUAUGAAAGAGGACUAUUUUUUUGCAAUGAUGGUGAUAAAAAAACUAUGCAUGAAUGAGCAUACUUGUAGGACUCUCUUCUUUAUUUCCCUUUCAAUAUUAACUUGUUACUAAUAUGCAUUGACUUUAGAAUUGAUAUUUUUUUGUGUUAACAAGAUGGACGUAUGUCUAAGAUGAUAGUUUAUGUAAUCAUAAUGUUAAUAUUGUAUUGCAUAAAUAUUCAUUACCAAUAAUUAUGAAUGUAAAAAAAAAUUAAACUACUUGAAACAUUGUAGUUCUAUUUAUUUAUACUUUAACAAAAUGAUUCAACUAAGAAAGUAAACCUACUUCACAUGAAACAGAGAAAAGACCAAUCAAUUGCAAGUCAUAAUAUAGGAAUAGAUGAAAAUGGGGCAUAGUUGACCAUGCAGUCUUGCGUUGUCCCUCAUUUGAUGUACACUGUCUCAUGCAGUCCAACAUUAUUCUGUGCCAUUUCACAUCGUCUUUAUUUAGUUAUAGAUUAACUCAUUAUUAUUUUGAUGAUUUUUAUACAUUAAUAUGAAAUUAUGAAAUUGAUAAUAUGUGAUGUAAAUUUAAUUAGAAGUGAAUGUAUUAAAUGACAUUAAAGAGUAUAUAUUAUUUCAGCAAAGAACUAAUGUCAAGAUCAUAUGAAAUAUCUCAUUAUAUUUCAAUUUUUAUGUCAAGUGAAUAUGUUAUAAUUAUUUGUGUAAAUCUUAAUAUUUGUAUUUUUAUAUCAAAUGGCUUCAUUAAUAAAGGCAUAUUUAUAACAAAUAAAAAGACAUGAAUGGAGAGUCAAAUGAAAGAAAAUUAUGAGAAAUUGAUUAAAGUAUUAAUUUUAUAAGAUUAGUGAUUUAAUAUAUUUGUGCACAAGAAAAAUAGUCUAAAGGUUUGACCCUUCUUAGUAAAAUAAUUUUAUCUUAGAAAAUGUGUCACAUAUAGGUAUGAUGGUUAAUAAGUCUCUAUUAUCAUGAGUUAAUAGUUAGUUUAAUGAUAUUUUUUAUGUAUUAACUCAUGAUAAAUAGCCUUAUAUUUACUUUAAAUCGAGAAAAAUAAUUUUUACAUGACUAAUGUGAAUUUAUUGUUAAUUAUGUGAUUUUUAUAUUCAUAUUUUCACAUUUAAAUAAAAAUUAAAAAAAUUAAAAAAGGGAGAACCUAUUGACUAGCAAGCACUCGGUAGUCAACCCAAACGGUGUUGCCCUCGAGUGAGUGGACCUAGAUUGGGUAAAACUAUGAGUUGAGCUCUAGUGGCUAAGGACCCAUGGAUACAUGUGCAUCACUCUUUCAGAUCAUUAGGGCUAAAUCAGUGCGAGGGGUAACAUAUGAUCUCGUCACAUGUGUGUUGUGUGGAGGCAGACCACUUGGUAUAGUCUUCAUCACAAGUGGUCCUCUACUCAUUUUAUUUAUGAGAGAAGGAACUUGUAUCCAGAAGAUCUAAAACUCCUCAAAAUAAUUAGUAGGACUAAAUCACUAUCAAGUCUUGACAUGACUUAGUCGUUGUAUAUUAAAUCAUGUAAAUUUAAAAUUUAUAAAACUAGAAAAUACGGAUUUUUAGAUAUUUAGAAGUAUUUAUGAACAAAUAUAUCAAUUAUAAUUCAAUAAAACUUCCAAAAAUAGUGAUAAUUUUUCAGGUCAAUAAUAAGGAUGUAAUAUAAUAUCUUGUAAUUAUUCAGAAAUUUCCUCAAAGAAUACUAUUUUCUAUGAAUUUUAUACUAGGAAAUGAAAAGAAAAUAUAUUUAAAAUUCACGAAAAAGGAAAAUAAGGGUGCAGACAUCACGAUGAUGUCAGCGCCCGGCGAACACGAAUCGAGCGAAAAUAGAGUUCCGCCCGGUGAUUUUUAUGUAAGUGAUUAUAGAUAAUUUAAUUGAUCAAAUUAAGAUCAGUAAAAUCUGAAAGAAUUGUAAUUGAAUGAAGUAUAUCUUGGUAAAUUUAAAUCACACAAAUUAUCACUAAAUGAAGUGGAAAGUAAGUUAAAAGCAGGAAAACAAAGUUCUGGCGUCGCAACGGCGAUGCGUUAGUAUUGCACCAGAAUCCUGAGCAUUCGAGAGGAUCGUUGUGUAGUGUCGACGGCCUCAAAGGCUCUCCUUGAACAAAGACGACGUGCACAAUCUCUAGAUCUCCUUGCGAAGUCUAGAGAUCAAUGAAAUGGGUUGUCGAAUCGUCUAUGGCGGCUGUCACUCGACAGAGAAGAGCUGGAUGAAAGUAGGGUGCGUGUCAGGGAGCUUCAUCCUCAGGUCUAUGCAGUAAGAGGAAGCUCUCAGGAGGUGGCGACUUGUCUCCCAGUGGAUCGUCCUCUUCCCGAUGACGGCUUGUUCAUCGAUCAAUCAGAGAUGUCUUACUCGAUGGAUUCACGAUCCUUUUAUCGCAAAUCGUUCAUCAAUUUUAGUAACAAUACUUCACGAAUCGUGUUGACGAGAUUUUUAUCGAUGAUCCAACGAUUUUGGUUGCUUAAUCCUUCACCGGCGAUCUGUAGAAAAGUCAUGAUAAUUAGAUAAAAAAUAUGAGUUUUGGCUUUGGGAGGAUUCGAACCCGCGCUGGUUACCCACCCUUUCUAGGGAAGGUGUGACGCGGGUUUAGUCCCACAUCGGUUGUGCGCCGAAGUUUUUGGUGAAUAUAUAGUAAUAUUACAUUCUCGAUCAAGUCCCUUUCUCCCGUGUGUACGAUCAUUCCUUGCCCCACAGCCAGCUGGCCACCGGUGACAUGGAAGGGGAGUGGCGCACACGUGCCCCUAUCAGUCUUAGCCGCUCGAGCCCUUGCUUGCAGCUCCUCCCCGACUGCGCUUCCGACCCACUUGUGGGCCUAGCUGGCUGGCGGGUCCUCCCCAUUUUGUUAUAUUUUUAUUUUAAUUUAUUUUUAUUCAUUUAUCUCAAAAGUAAGACUGUAAAAAUCAUAUAAAUUUGUAUAAAAUCACAUAAUUACCCAAAAAUUCACGUUAAUUAACUGAAAACCACUUUUCACACUUUAACAUAAAUAUAAGUCUAUUUAUCAUGAGUUAAGGCUAAAACUAUAUUAUUUACUAAUUAUUAACUUAUGAUAAUGAAGACUUAUUAAGUUUCAUAGGCCAAAAUAAUACCUAAGAUGCACUUUCACUAAGAGAAGGUCGUGCAUGUGUGUGUUCAUUAUUUCAAGGGUAUAAUGUGAACUUUCUUAGCUUUACUGAUGUAGCUAGGUAAUUGGUAGAGGCUUGAACCUCACUGGUGCCAAAAUUUAUGUUUACUUCUAUUUUGACUCUAGAAUUUUUUUAAGGAAAUAGUAAUAGAGAAAAUUGAAAAAAAUGACCCAUCAUUGUUAGAAUCUUCAUCAACAAUAAUCAAGAAUCAUCAUUAGCAAUUAACCAAGGAUUCUAAUAGAAAAAUGAGAACUUUGGGAGGAAAUUGUAUUUUCUAUUGGUCGAUGAAUGAGUAAUUGUCGAUGUUAAAGAGAUCUACCAAGAGUUUUUUUAUGGUCUCUUUAGAGUGUUCAACUUGUGAUAAGAGCUUCCUCUUGAAUCAUGGACUUAAGGAUGAAACUCCUUGAGUCAUGUUCCACCUCCAUCAAUCUCAACUAUGUUGGGUGAUAGCUAUUGAAGAAUCAUUUAUAUCAAACAUCUCCUUUGUUGAGUGACAAUGGUUAUAGACACUUCACCACCACUUACUAAUAAGUGUUUAUUAUUAUGAGUUAAUAAUGAUUUGAAUAUUUAUUUUUUGAUUUAACUCAUGAUAAAUAUAUAAUUAUUUACAUUAAAUAGUGAAAAUUGUUUUUUAGUUGAUUAAUAUGAAUUUUUGAAUUAUGUGAUUUUAUGUGAAUUGAUAUAAAUUUUAUAAUCUAUUUUUUGAGAUAAAAAAGAAAUAUAAAUUAAAUAAAAAAAUAAUAAAAAGGGGAGAGGCCACUAGCUAGUUGUGACUCAAUAGUUGACCUAGAGGGGACUACACAUGGUUUGGAGACAUAGUUAGGGGAGCCACAAGCUGGGGGCUCUUGUGGCUAAGGACCAACAUAGAGCAUGUGUGUGCAUUCCCCUUCCACAACACUAGGGGCAGUUGGGCGUAGGGCAAGGAGUAGUUGUGCACACAAGUAUAUAUGGGGGCAGACCACUUGGCUUAGGCCUCUCCCCAGAUGACUUGGCCAUUGUGUUCAUGGGAGAGGGAAUUCCAAGAGAAAAAAAAGACAUACAAAUAUAUAUUUGUCUCAAACAUUGGGAAACAACCAAUGUGGGGCUAAACCCACAUCGUCACUCAUUGGUGGUAUUUAAGUAUUUUUAAUAUAAAAAAUGCUCUUACAUUAUAAGAAGGAAAUGCACCCAUAAAGUUACUAGGUCAAGGGUAUGGAGGUAAUUUUCUAACCCUCUCUCACAUAGCUAGGUGAUUAGUGAAAUUAGAAUCCCACUAGAGCUAAAAUUUAUAUUUUUAUCUAUUUAACUUGUGAUUUUCUUACGAAGCGUCAGUCAAUAAUCAAGCCAUCGAAAUUGCUCAAUCAUCAAUAAAAAAUUCGUCAACAUGAUUUGUGGAGUUUUUUUACCAACUGAUGAAUGAUUAUGGAUGAAACGAUUGUGAAUUCAUCAAGAAAAUCAUCUUUGAUUGAUCAACGAACACACCAUUGAAAACAUGGUGAUUAAUUGAGAGAUGAGUCAUCGUCUAUCAAGAGUGAACCAAAUGCAAUAUGAGCCUCCUCUCAUAGCAUGGACUUGAGGAAGAAGCUCAUUGAGACAUGCCCCAACUCCACCGAACUCAUCUUCACUAGGUGGUAGUUGUCAUAGAUUCGAAUGUCACUGAUCUUUGGCUCUAUUGGGGUGACAACCACCAGAGACAUUUCACUGACCCAUCUCAUCAGUUUCUAGACUUCACAAGAUGAUAUGAAGAUUCUCCGCAUUGUGCAUGUCCAAGGAAAGGCUUUGAGGCUGUGGACAUCACACGAAAAUUCUCUUGAAUAUUCAAAAUUUUGACAAUCAUCACCGCGAUGCCAAAAUUCUAUUUUUUCUAUUGUAAACUUAAUUAUUUUUUAAAUUUAUGAAAUUUUAUGUGAUUUCAAGUUUAAAACUCUUGUUAGUCAAUUACAAUUCUUUUGACUUUUAUAGAUAAUAAUUUGACCAAUUAAAUCAUUUAUAAUUAUUUAUACAAGAAUCGUCAAGUGGAUUUUUUUGUUUUUGCUCAAAUCUCAUUCAUUAGGAUGCUAACAUCAUCUUGCAUCAACACUCGAAUUAUCUUUUUUUAAUAAAUUUUUAAAUAUAUUUAUUAUUUAUUAUUUAUACUAAACUUUAUAAAUACUAUAUUAUUUAUUUAUUUUUUAAAUUUUACAUGAUAUUAUUGUACAAACCCUAUAAUCAACUUGAAAAAUUAUUACUAUUUUUAAAAGGAUUUUUUUGAAUUAUAAUUGAUAUAUUCAAACUAAAAUGAUAUCUUCUAGUGUUAUAAAUUUAUAACUUCAGUCCUUUGUCUUCUAGACUUCGCAUGGGAAUUUGAAGAAUGACUAUGCUGUGCACGUUGACAUGACUAGUCGUGGCAUAUUAGGUUACGUAGUUGUGUUAGAACUUACGUUAAUUAUGUUAUUUUAUGUGAAUUCAUAUAAUUUUUGUAAUUAUGUUUUUGAGAUAAAAUGAAGAAAAAUAAAAUUAAUGAAAAAAAAGAAAAAGAGGGGACCCAUUAGCUAGUCGAGACCCACAUGAGGGUUGGAGGCACAAUUAGAGGGACCCACGAGUCAAGGCCUCGAGUGGUUAAGGAGUGAUCAUGACACAUGUGCAUCACUCCCCUUCCAUGUCACUAGGAGGCUAGCCAAGCAUGGGGCAAGGAGUGAUUGUAUACACAUGUAUAUAUGAGACAACACAUUGAAGAUGAGUAGGUAGAGACAUAUGUGUCUCAAACAUUGAGAAACAAUUGAUGUGAGACUAAACUUACAUUAGUGGUCACCAAUAAGUUUUACAUUUUUUCACACCUAAAAUGUCCUUGCCUUAUAAGAAGGAAAUGUCUACAUAAUGUCACUAAGUAAGGGUACAUAUGUAAUUUUUUGACUUUCUCUCAAGCAGGCAAAUGACCAGCAAAUGUUUAAAACUCAUUAGAGCCAAAUUUCACAUUUUUUUACCUAUUUAACUCUUGAUUUUUUUGCAGAGUGUUAGUGAUGAACUCGAAUUGGAGGUUAAAUACGUCAUCGUGAUGCAACUAAGUUCAUGCAAAUAAUAUUUAUAAGACCUCACUCUUUUAUUUAGAAUAAGUAAGGGUCGAUCCUUAGGUAGUGUGGGUAAUGAGAGUACAAAUUCUACUUAUUUUAUUUCUUAUAUAUAUAUAUAUAUAUACAUGAGAUUGUGAAGGGCAGAAUUAAAUGUAAAAGGGUAAAGACAAGAGUUAUGAAAAGUGUGACAAAGAGGAGAGAAUAGAUCUAACGUAAUGGAAUGAUAGAAUAAAUGAUAAAACUAGGUCAAAUUAAAAGUUAAUCUAUCCAUGGAGAGGAUUACAAGGAUGCCUCAAAUUUAGAUCUUGCACAAAUCUUGUUGUGCGCUAGUCCUAAGCCGAGUGAUGCUCGAUCUGUGGCAAUCUUGAUGUGCUCUAGAUGAUCUCUUCUCCACGAUGAUCUUGAGCACAAGAAUGUUAUUGAUCAGACCUUGAUUUCCUUCUUGUUUUCUUCAGCUAGUCACUACUAA